AUGGAGACAAUUGAUGAGGGAAGAGCGGUAGACAGUGUUUACUUGGACUUCAGUAAAGCCUUUGACAAGGUUCUAUAUGGCAGACUAAUGAGUAAUGUUGAAUCACAUGGGAUUCAGGUUCAUUUUCUGGCGACUGGUGUCCUUGCCCGGGGAAAGUGCGGUGUUUCCCAUUGCACUACUCGCUACCUGGUGAUUAUGGCAGCUGCGGAUCUGAUGCAACGUGUGCCAGCUCAGGGAAGGGCUUCUCUGCUACUCCGAAAAAGGGCUCGUCUUCGUCAGGAAGCAUUCCAUGGUUCAAUAAGAGGUACAUGGCCUGAGUGUGACACACUGAAGAUGUAUUCGCAAAUUGACCAGAUUCAGAAAAUAUAUUAUAUGGUUCUUGCCGUCGUUAGUGUUCCUGCCAACUUACUGGGAAUUGUGAUCCUGUCCUGCAGACAGUGUGGUCUCUCUAACUGCACCACUCGCUACCUCGUGGCCAUGGCAACUGCAGAUCUUCUGGUCAUUCUCACUGAGGUCUUACUGCGGCAGAUCAGUUAUUAUUAUUUCCACAUGACUUUCUUGGACAUCACCCCUGUUUGCAGUGUUCGUGCUGUCCUGCUCUCUGCUGCUACAGACUGCUCUGUCUGGUUCACUGUCAGUUUUUCCUUUGAUCGAUUUGUGUCCAUUUGUUGCCAGAAGCUGAAAACAAUGUAUUGCACUGAGAGAACCACGACUGUUGUUCUAGCGACAACCUGCACCCUGCUCUGUUUAAGAAACAUCCCUUUCUACUUUAUCUUUGAUCCUUGGGUGAUAAUUGACAAUGUGCUUUGGCUCUGUGUUGUAAAACCAAGCGUUUAUAAUGAUCCUGCAUGGGUGGGAUUUUCAUGGUUAGAUGCAGUUUUGACACCAUUGCUCCCAUUUGCUUUAAUUCUUUUGCUUAAUGCACUUACAGUCAGGCACAUUUUAGUGACCAGUCAAGCUCGCAAGAGACUGCGGGGUGAAAGCAAGGGAGAGAAUCCCAGAGACCCAGAGAUGGAGAACCGAAGGAAGUCUGUGAUUUUGCUCUUCGCCAUAUCUGGCAGCUUCAUCCUCCUGUGGUCUGUUUCUGUUAUAGAAUUCCUAUAUUAUCACAUUUCAGGGGCAGAUCCCAGGCACUACACACAGCCUGAAGUUAUCUUUAGACAAAUUGGAGUGAUGUUGGUGAAUUUGAGUUGCUGCACAAACACUUUUAUUUAUGGGGUGACUCAGUCCAAGUUCAGAGAGCAGGUCAAGAGUUUGAUGGAAUAUCCAGUUACAGCAAUUAUUCAAUUUAUGAAUAAAAGAGCUUGA